AGAAAUAUUUGAGAUUGUCCUUGUGCUAAACAUAUUCAAGUAGUGAUGCAACUGGGUUGUGUUACUUUGUUUUUCUUAUUCAUCUUCAGUUUGCUUCCGUCACAGUAUGGUGCUGAAGUAUAUAACAUAACUCCUUCACACCCGUUAGCAGAGGGACAAACUCUAGUCUCUCCUAGCCAAAUAUUUGAAUUAGGCUUUUUCAGACCUAAUAGUUCUGCUAAUAAGUAUGUGGGAUUGUGGCACAAAAGUAUAUUUCCUCGUAAAAUUGUAUGGGUGGCUAACAGAGAUAAUCCUCUUGCAGUUACAGAUACCUUGGCUACCUUGAGAAUUGGCAGCAGCGGGAGUUUGGAGCUCGUAGAUGGGAAACAGAGUUCUGUGUGGUCAGCCAAUAUAUCUAAUUGUUCAUUCGCAGUUCUUUUAGAUAUUGGGAACUUUGUUGUCAAGGAUGUUAUGGGAGCUGAUUUGUGGGACAGUUUUAAUAAUCCUAGUGACUCACAACUGCCAUACAUGUUGCUGGGAUAUGAUAGAAGUUCUGGAAAACGGAAUUUCUUGACAUCUUGGAGAAGUGAAAAUGAUCCAUCACCGGGGAUAUUCUCAACUGGACUGUCAGCAGAUUUGCCAGCACAGUCGUUCAUUUGGAUCAAUGGAUCUACUCCCUACUGGAGAAGUGGGCCAUGGGAUAAAUCAAGGUAUAUUGGUAUACCCUCAUUUAAUUCUCAGUAUCAAAGUCCAUUUACUCUUGUUGAUAACGAGACGCAGGGAACAAGGUAUUUCUCCUUCAGUCCUGACAAUUUUCCAGCUGACAAACCCUUUGCAUAUAUGGACAUGUCUUCCGAAGGAAAAUUGAGCUUUAUGUUAUCAGUAAGUGGCAAAAACUGGUCUGUUGACUGGCAGUCAUCGAAAAACCCAUGCGAUAUAUAUGGGGCCUGUGGACCUUUUGGGGUUUGCAAAGCUCUUGAAUCUCCAAUCUGCAAGUGUUUGAAAGGGUUUAUACCCAAGUCAAAUGAAGAAUGGGGCAAAAGAAACUGGACUGGAGGUUGUGUGAGACGAACAAAUUUGUUUUGUGAGAAUAACACAAAUAAUUCAGUCUCAUCAAAAGGAAAAGAUGGGUUUUUGAAGUUGGAAAGAUUGGAAGUACCCGAUUUUCAUGAAUAUCGGUAUUCAAUCUCUGUAGACAAGUUCGAAGACUGCAAGAUACAGUGCCUGAGUAAUUGUUCUUGCCUGGCUUAUGCAUAUGUUAACAACCUAGGGUGUUUGGUCUGGUACAAAGACCUUAUUGAUAUUCAGCAGUUUCCAUCAUUUGGAGAAGAUCUUUAUGUCCGCCUAGCAGACUCAGAACUAGGUAGAGGAAAACCGAUAAAAUUAAUUGCCAGCCUUAGUCUUACAGCUAUUGGAUUGAUGAGUAUCUUGGUUGCUAUUGUCUUCAGAUUGCUAAGGUGGCAUGCUAACCAAAAGCGAGAUGUCAAAUCAACAACACCACACUUGAAAUCAACUGGUUUGAUUAAGAUUUAUAGAGACGAUCUUCGAGAAUAUUUAGGAAAGCAUGAUCUCUCAGAGCUAAAGAUAUAUGAUUUUGAUAGCAUACUAAUCGCCACAGACAGCUUCAGCAUCACAAACAAACUCGGACAAGGAGGCUUUGGCCCAGUUUAUAAGGGGAUGCUACCAGAAGGGAAGGAAGUAGCUGUGAAGAGACUAUCUAGUAGCUCAGGACAAGGUGUUGAAGAGUUCAAGAAUGAGAUGCUUUUGAUCUCCAAUCUUCAACACAAAAAUCUUGUCAGGAUCAUGGGAUGCUGCAUUAAAGAAGAUGAGAAGUUACUGAUUUAUGAGUUCAUGCCUAACAAAAGCCUGGAUACUUUUCUAUUCGAUCCGAGGAAGAGAGCAGUGCUUAAUUGGGCUACACGUUUUAAUAUUAUUCAGGGUGUUGCUAAAGGCCUUCUUUAUCUCCACCAUGAUUCCUAUGUGAAGGUGAUUCAUAGAGAUCUUAAAGUCAGUAACAUCCUCUUGGAUGAGAAAAUGAAUCCAAAAAUUUCAGAUUUUGGAUUAGCACGCAUAGUUGAAGGAACACAGAGUCUGGAAAAUACUCAGAAGGUUGUGGGAACACGUGGCUAUAUGUCUCCGGAGUAUGCCAUGGGUGGGGUCUUUUCCGAAAAAUCUGAUGUCUACAGCUUUGGGGUCUUGGUAUUGGAGAUUAUUAGCGGCAAAAAGAAUACCAGCUUCUAUUUAUAUGACCAACAGCUAGGCUUUCUUGCUUAUGCAUGGAACUUGUGGAAUGAAGGCAGAUCACUGGAGUUCGUAGAUGAAGUAAUGGGUGAUUUAUAUUCCUCAUCAGAAGUAAUGACUUGCGUGCAUGUUGGGCUUCUUUGUGUACAGGACAAUGCUGCGGAUAGACCUACCAUGGUUGAUGUAGUUUCAAUUCUAAGCAGCGACAAAGAUGGUCCGCAACCUAAGUCGCCCGUAUUCACUAUCCAAAACUCAGCUCCUCAGCAGCAGUCUGAGAAUACUAUUUCCUCCAAAAAUGAAGCUAGCAUUACUGUGAUUGAUGGACGUUAAGCGACAACAUAGCUGUAUGACACAAAAUGGAACUACAAUAAGCUUCUUAUAUGUCAGAUACAUAUUUGAUAAAAUACCUAAAACAGAGGUUGAUGUGAAAAUUGAUUCUAAUGAAUAGGUUGAUAUAAAACGUCGGAGAACUCAAUGCAACCUUUAAGUUAUGGUUCGUAGUGCAGCCUAUGCCUUUCAUGGAUUGGCUGAUUAUCUGCUCUGAGAUUCUGAAAAAAGAGGAGAUUAAUUUUCUUUUGGUGACAUUGUGGUCAAGUUGGAAGGAACGUAACCUCAGACUAUCGGAGAACAAGGUACGAGCCUACAUUAUUUUGUUGAGAUCAGUUAUGUUUAAAAAACGGGGAAAGAGACUGGCAGUUCCAGCCUUGGACUCCUCCGCCGGCUGGUUGGCUGAAAGCCAAUUUGGAUGGAGGUUUUGACUUGGGUACUUGCCGUGGAGGUGUAGUAGAGUUUAACUUGGCUCCUUUUGUUUUGGAGUCGGACUGUGGUGUGUUGGUAAGUGACACAAAAUCUACAGAGGCUGAGGAUUCGGGUUUUGGGAUGAUAGUUGAGGAUAUCAAACAUAGCCUCUCUAGCUUCCCUUCCUCAUUCUUUACUGAUACUUAAAGAGAAUCGAACACGGCGGCUAGCCAAAUUGGCCCUUACUGUUGGGAUUUCUGUUAGCUGGGUUGGUAAUAGCCCUACUGUUUUUCAAGGCAUUUGUGCCUCUUUUUGCAAUCAUU